GGUAGUGCGCCUGUAGCUGCUUUGAUAACCGCCAGGAAAAACAACGAAGAAGAAGAAGCGGCAGCGUAGCAGGAAGCGGCAUAAAGAGAAAUGUUGUAGUGCGUUUCUGUCUCGAUUUUGCCCUGAUUUUGGUUGAAAAACACACAAAAAUGUCAGAUGUUUUGGGAGCAGACUCUGUGCAGGAUCGACUGGAGCGCCUGAAAGAGCUGACGGAGUUCACAGAAAACUGCCAGAAGCGAAUAAAUGAGGUUUUCCGGACGCUGGGCUGGACGCCGGAUCACCGCGGCGCCGCGCAGGAUGAGAUGCAGUCAUGUCCCUUCAACCCCGACCACAGAGUCCCGCUGAGGAGCCUGGAGAGACACAAAGCCUCCUGCAGGCUCAGGCAGAUGGGCUACUCCUCUGAGGAACAGGCCGAGAUGUGCGAGCCGUCCGUCUGCUACGAGAACACCAGCGUCAGGAGCUUCACCAUGGAGAAGGACGUGCAGCAUCAGGUGAUCCUCCAGGCCAGAUCCGCCGCUCCGCUCAUGAGGAUGGAGGGAGUCUUCUGGCAAGGUCAGUACUCCAGCCAGCCGGUCGACGUGCCUCAGAGCCACAAGCGAGCCGUGUGCGACCUCACUGUGGCCGACCGAUUGGCUCUGUAUGAUCAUGUGAUCGACGCCAUCAGCCAGCAGAGGGACGCCGCCGCCGCCACCGCCGGCAGCAACGAGGAUCUGUAUGUGGAUUUGGUGGCCAAGCUGAAAAAGGACGAGCAGCAGAAUGAGCCCAAGUCCCACCUGGAGCUGAUGGCCGAGAUGAGAGACUACAAGAGGCGGCGUCAGUCCUACCGAGCCAAGAACGUCCACAUCACCAAGAAGACCUACACCGAGGUGAUCCGCGAGGUGAUCGAGGUUCACUCAGGAGAGCUGGCCAGGCAGUGGAGGGAUGAGGAGAGGCAGGAGGAGGAGGAGGAAGAGGAGGAAGAGGAGGAGGAGGCCAGGAGGGCAGCACGCUCCUCACACAGGCGGAGGUCGGCGGAGCGGCGCUCGGCCUCUUCGGAGUCGCAGCGCUCACACGGCCGCCGCCGCCGCCGCAGCCGAGAGAGAAGCUCCGACCGAGAGAGCAGGAAGAAGAAGAAGGAGAGGAGGGAGUCCCGCUCGCCGGACGACAGGCACCGCGAGAGGAAGAAGAAGAAGAAGAAGAAGAAAGACGAGGAGAAGGAGAAGUGAUAGUGCUGAAUCGGCGGAGGGCAUUGAGGUCGUUUUGACCUCCAGACUCGACAGAAUAAUGUCAGGGAUUAUGUUGUGGAAAUUCAUGACAUUUUAAUUGACACGCCUGCGGGGAGCCACGGGAAACGUGUGGAACAUGAAUGUUAAUAAAGUUCUGAGAACCUG